AGCAUCUUAUAUAACAAAAAUAGCAAUGCAUUAUGCUUCGGUUACCAAUGAGAAUCCAAGUGUAUUAACUACAAAAUUUUUUGGAAUUUCUCUCACGAUGUUUCAACUUUCGCAAAUCAGUGGAAAUCUAUUUUCAUCACUCCUUUUAAAAACAGAAUCAGGCAACUUUACUUUUAAAAAUAAAUACAACGUCUUCUGUAGGCUUUUGAUACUUCAAGCCUUCUUAUCAUUAUGUUGUAUUUAUUUCUUGGUGUUUAACUUAUCCAAAUUUUAAUAAACGUUACUUUUUCAAUAUAGAAUUUUAUUUAUGUCUAUUUGACUUCGUUUCCAUUUCUGAGUUGAAAUUUGAGCAUUUUUUCCAGCGACCGUUCAAUCAAAAGAUCAAAGUUAUGUGUGCGGUUCUUCCUACUGCGCAACACCACACAGUGUUACCGCGAAUCAACAAACAGAGCACUCAGGAGUUGUCACCCUGCUUAUCAUUUUUUUGACGUUAGGUGCGAUGGGCGUGGUGUCGACGUUGCUGUUUUUAGAUGAUAUUGAAAUAGACAACAAGGAAACAAAUGUUAAAAAUGUGUUAAGUAAAACAUUUCAAAGUUUAUUAGACUGGAGAAUUUUAUUCUUGACGCCAAUCUCAGCACUUAUUGGUUUGGAGAGUGGGUUCGUUUUUGCAGAUUUUAAUGAGCCUAUUACGGUAUCCUGUUUUAUUCCAACAAGGAGAUUGCAUUCUCUCUGCUUGAACUCUCUUUUUCAGUCACUUGGAUAUAUGGUUGGAUAUGCGUAUGGUGAUUACUUGUGUAUCUAUUACAUACUUUUCAUUCUACUUUGUUUAUCACUCAUUUGUGUAAUGUUAUAUGGUCUAGUUGAAUGGAGUGAAUUUAAAAAGAAUGUAACUCAAUAACUAUAGAAAAAUUGAUUGUAAUUGAUCACUUCGUGAUGUGAUGCUAGGGACAGUUAAUGGCUGUGCAUAUU